AUGAUCCGUCCGCCGCUCAGUCGCCGAUUCCACAAUCUCCGUCGCACCUCGGCGCUUCUCGCGGCGUUUUAUCGGCUGCCUUUUUGGGACCAGGAGGAGGUGACGUCUGGGAAAAAGAAAAAGCAACACGGCACCGCUGCUGCUUGUGGCUCUACCCUCCACGUCCUUGUCGUCGUGGAACCAAACCUCUCGCCACCGUCUCCUCCUUCCAUCUUCUUCGCUUCCACGCAUCGGCUCCCUCCGCUCUACGCAGAACAAGACCUUGACGAAGCUUCGCACACCAUGGCGGAGACUGCGGGAGAGGCCCACGGCCUCUUGCACAACCUGCUAUCCGAGGUCGUGCCAUAUCCGGUGUUUCAAGUGCUCGCUGGCUUCUCCAACCUCAUCUACCGGCUGCUCGGCUCGUCGAACGACCCGUCCUCGUGGACGUCAACGCUGCUGCCACCACUCAUCACCUUCUUCCUCGCAUACUUUGCGCUGGUGACCGCAUACCGCACCGUGCGCUCCAUGAUCUCGCUCGCGUGGUUCGGCAUCAAGUGGGGCGCCAUCAUUGGCGCGCUCAUCGCCAUCUGGGCGUGGUGGACUGACAACACGGACGCCAUCAACAGCACAGGCACCGUCCCCGGCCGCGGCGGAUUCCUCAAUCAGCGUAAGCAUCGAUCGACAUCGCUUCCUGCCCGCGUGCGAUUCCUCAACACGUUUGGCCCGCUCUUCAACAGUCUCUACUCGCAGCUCCCCUCGAGCUCGGCAGCGGGCACGUCUUCGGCGAACUCGCGGCGUCGCACCACAUCGCAGACACGUCGACGAACGCGGGGGUCGCGCAACGACCAGCGUGCUUUCUCAUUUGAUCCGACCGCCGACCUUCCCGCCGACUUGGGCGCUGGGUUCGGUGCGUUUGCCGAUCUGUUUGGACGUCCCGAUGGCGGCGCCGACCGCAACGGGGUCGACUUUGGCGCGCUGCUGCGCACGCUCGUGACCGAGGGGCAGAGGCAGGGCAUCGAUGCGCUCUCGGCACUCCGCGCAGCAGGCAAGGUGCAGGACGAGCUGAAGCGCUUCCAGCAGGAUCCCGCGCGCUGGUUUGAGGGUGUCGGCGACAGCUUCCGCACCCAGCCGCAGGCGCCCAACACAAGAGCUAGGGCUCAGGCGAGAAGAGCGCAGCGCCAGACCGAGCUCGCGGGGAUGGAGGGUGACUCGUGGUGGUCCAACCUGGCUGCGGGCGUGAACGAAUACCUCAAGCCGGAGCCUCGUGGUCGCACUGGCCGAGCUGCUCGCAAUGCGCAGUAA